AUGUCAACACCAAUGGAGACGUCCGAAGAACUACUACAGCCCAUUGAAAAUAAUGAAGCUACAGAAGCUGCUCAAAAUGAUGCAGAUAUCUUGCUUGAUGAUUUAAACGACACACAAGAUCCUAUGGAAGAAACAAAACAAAUGGAAGAAUCUCAAAAGACACUUGAGGCAUUGGAUCAAAUACCAGACAUAAUUGAAAAAUUAGGACAAGACAAUACACAAUAUGAAUUACACAUCCAGCUGAUUGAUUUGUUAAAGCAGGCAGAUCUACCAGAGCAAUUGGAAGAUGCUAGAUGGACUAUGCAUGAUGUAUAUCCAUUAUCAGAAAGUUUGUGGCUCGAUUGGAUUAAUGAUACAAAGAAAGAAGCUACGACCGAAGAAGGGGAACAGAAGUUACGACGUCUUUACGAAGAAGCCGAAAGAGAUUAUUUCUCCAUCGAUAUUUGGAAGUCGUAUACCGAAUUUAUCAUGGAAAAGUUUUACAAGUCAUUUGAAACUAUGGAUAAGGAAGACGAAGAGUUGAUUGAAACGACACGAGAGGAUUUGUUAAAGGCCGUCAGUGCAACAACCUUUCAUGUUAAGCGCAGUCAGGAAAUAUGGAGAUUGUAUGCCCAGUUUGAAACUGAUGUGAUGAAUAAGUUCAAAAAACCUGAACAAAUAGCAAGAGUAAAGAAAAUAUAUUUAGAUAGAUUGGAUGUCUUACACAUUGAUUGCGAAGAAACAUUUAAUGCUUACUCAACUUACAUCACAGCCUGGGAUAAUGCAAACUAUGAGUCAAAUAUGGUGGAGGCCAACAAAAUCUAUGCAGCAACCAAGGUGGCAGCAGAUGAACGAGAUGUCUUUGAACAGAAAUUAGUCACAGAUGGAUACGCACUCGACACGUUUUAUGAAUAUAUCGAAAAUGAAAAGGCUGCAAAGAACAAGUUUUCGUUGAAUAAUAUUCGCUGUUUGUAUGAAAGAGCCAUCCUGAUUUAUUGCACGGACCCUGGCUUAUGGAAUGACUAUAUCAUGUUUUUAAUCGAAAAAGCCAGAGUACAGUCCUUCCUUGAACAUAUCUGUAGGCGAUCUGUUCGAAACUGUCCAUGGUCUGGUGCACUUUGGGCACACUUGGCUAGGCUUAUAGAAACAAGAGGGGGCGAACCAAAGGAGAUAAACGAAAUAUUUGACAAGGCUUUAUCUUUUCAACCGCUCUUGGCUAGUGUAGAGGAUUUAGUUGCCGUUCUCUUGGCUAAAUGUGAUUAUUACAGACGACGAAUUGACUGGGAUGACCUUGACGACAAUGCUGUUAUGGAUUUGCGUGUUGCUUUUGAAGAAAGCUUGGCCUAUGUCGACGAGGCUUUCCCUAAAUCGGGAGAUCCAUAUUAUCGUAUAGAAAAAUUUUAUGCACGCAUUUCAGCUAGACUCGGUGAUGCUGAUAAAGCAAGAGAGCUAUGGGAAAGUGUCGUAGUUAGGCGUGGCCGUGAUACAGAAGCAUGGAUUCAGUAUAUAAACUUUGAGCGCAACCUGGGCAACUACCACAAGUGUGAAUCUUUAUUCAAAAAGGCUAUCGUUAAACGAAUAGACAACCCUACGAGGCUCAUUGAUGUAUGGAAUGAAAUGGAACAUGAGUUUGGAACACUGACGACCCAUGAAGAUGCUCUCGUCCGUAUCCAUCAAAAGACAAAAGCGUUGGCAAGCGAGUGGCAAGCACAGUACGCCGGGCAAGAACAGAGAAGACAAACAAAAGAGAUGAAAGAACAAGAGCACAAGAGAAAAAAGGGCCUGCACCGUACACACCAAAAGCAAAAGCAAAAAGAAAAGCAAGCUUCCUUUAAAAAAGUUGAAGGACAGAAGGAGUUGCUUGGUAUUGAAGAGGACAAUGAUCAAGUACAGACAGAAGCCAGCAGUAGCCUCAAAAGAAAAGCAUCCACAGAAGAUAUAGACCAGGAAACGGUAAAGAGAACAAAAAUACAACCACAAGGCAGUAGUCGCGGUAGAGCGCCACGACCAGCACGCAGAGGAAAAUCAAUCGCUUUAGGACCAUCAAGAAUGUCACGAGAUCACAAACCAGCUCAAGAAACCGAACCUCCAGCUACUGUAACUGCGGAACCCAAGAGCAAUGAUGACUUUAGGGCAAUGCUACUUGGCAAAAAAUAA